AUGGACUCAUCAAUGGAGUUUUGGGGCGUUGAGGUUAAAGUUGGAGAAACUGUGAAAGUUGAUCCAAACGAGGACCUUGAGGGAUACAUUCAUAUUUCUCAGGUUGCACUUGGAGAGGUUAAGAAAGGGAAAGCUAUUGAACCUGUUGUUCUGUAUGUGAAAGUUGAGGAUCAGAAGAUUGUUCUGGGAACUCUUGUUAAGGAUGAGAUUCCUCAGAUUUCUAUGGAUAUAGUUCUGGACCAGCAGUCUGAACUUUCUCAUAAUUCCAAGAAUGCUUCUGUUUAUUUUUGUGGAUACAAAGCUUUUAGCCCUGAAGAUGAAUCUGAUAGCUCUGACUUUUCUGAUAGUGAUGAAGAACUUGUUCCUUUGAAGGAGGAUGCUCAAGCAGUAAAGGAGGCUGCUAAAUCUGGAAAACCUGCAGCUGAUGCAUUGACAAAGCAAGUUAAGGUUACUGAUCCAACUAAUGGUAAGACUGUUGAUCCAGAGAAAAAUGAAGACGACUCGGAUGAAUCAGAUUCAGAUUAUUCUGAGGAUGAAAUUUCUGAUGAUGAGAUCGAUACUGAUGCUCUUACUGGUAGUAGUGAUGAAGAGACUCCUGCUAAGAAGGUUGAUAGUGAUGAGAGUGAGAGUGAGCAAGACGCUACUCCUAAAACUAUUGAUUCUGACAGUGAUGCUGAUAGUGAUUCUGAGAGUGAAGAAGAGACUCCUGCUAAGAAGGUGGUGACUCAGGGAAAGAACAACAAGAGAGGAAUUGGUGCUAGUUCACAAACUCCAGUUUCUGCCAAGAAAGCUAAGAUUGGUACUCCUGAAAAGACCGGUGGUAAAAAAGGUGUACAUAUAGCAACUCCCCACCCUACAAAGCAAGGUGGAAAAUUUAAUCAGAAUGCUGCAAAGGGCCAGACUUCCAACUCUAGCAAGUCUGGUGGCUCCAAAUCUGGUCAACAAAAUAAGAAGUCUAAGCAAGGACGUCGGUGA